AUGGAGUGCCUCAGGACACAGUCUGAAUAUGACGAUAGCCUCACUUUGAAGUUGUAUAUGCUGCAAUUCGUCAACUACUACUCAUCGAUAUUCUACAUUGCUUUCUUUAAAGGAAGAUUUGUUGGCAGACCUGGGGACUAUAAUACAUUGUUCGGGGCCAGGCAGGAAGAAUGUGGCCAGGGAGGGUGUCUAAUUGAAUUGUGCAUUCAGCUUGCAAUUAUCAUGGUUGGUAAACAACUCAUCCAGAACAACAUCAUGGAAAUUAUCAUACCAAUGAUGACAAGACUAGCAUGCCGGAUAAUGAGAAAAGAGACCCCUGAGAAGAAAAAAGGAAGGACUCCUUGGGUGAAAGACUAUCUCCUUGCACAAAUGGACCAUCGAGGAUUGUUCUUUGAAUAUUUGGAAAUGUUGCUUCAAUUUGGCUUCAUCACAAUAUUUGUUGCGGCUUUUCCGCUAGCACCAUUAUUCGCCUUACUUAACAACAUUAUGGAGAUCCGAUGUGAUGCGAGCAAAUUUGUCACUGCUCUUCGGCGUCCUAUGGCACAAAGGGCUCAGGAUAUAGGAAUGUGGUACAACUUAUUGUUUGGCAUUUCAAGAUUAUCUAUCCUCACAAAUCCACUGAUCAUUGCCUUUACAUCAGAAUUCAUCCCUCGCAUGGUGUACCAACUGGAAUAUAGUAAAGAUGGUUCUCUUCAUGGUUACAUCAAUGGGAGUCUCGCCCAUUUUGCCGUCAAGGAUUACCCACAAGAUAAAAUGCCUGAUGUCGUUAGAAGUGAAAAUAUGAGUAUUGAAGCAAUGGAAUGCAGGUACAAAGACUACAGGCAUCCACCAUGGUCAUCAGAGAAGUAUGAGUACACAUCUCAGCACUGGCAUGUCAUGGCUGCAAGAUUGCUCUUUAUUGCAUUCUUUGAGAAUCUUAUUGUCGUGACCACAAGCAUUAUAGCCUGGUUAAUCCCGGAUGUUCCCCGCAAGCUCCAGGAGCAAGUCAAGCGCGAAAGUUACGUCACCAAUGAAAUCAUCAUACAAACUGAGCUAGAACGUGCCCAUGGUCGGAUUUUGGGCCUUUCAAGUUUGGCCUCUAGUCGUAGAUCUAUGAAUUCUAAAAAUGAAGAAUACACUGAGCGUACAGAUCUGACAACUGAUAAUGAUAACGGGGAAGGGAUUGAGUCAGAUGGAGCCAACCCAAAUACUGUAUUGAUACAUAGAUUCCCUGGCCAAAAUGGCAGAGUCAGCCCUGAGAAUGAAGACACUGCAGUGUAA